AUGCCAGGCCUUACUUUAGGAGACACUAUCCCUGAUCUUCAAGUUGAUACCACACAAGGCAAAAUCAAACUUCACCAGUUCUGUUCUGAUACAUGGACCAUUCUCUUCUCUCAUCCUGGUGAUUUCACCCCGGUUUGCACCACUGAGCUUGGUAAGAUUGCUCAGUAUGCUUCUGAGUUUAACAAACGAAAGGUUUUACUAUUAGGUUUGUCUUGUGAUGACAUAGAAUCACACAAGGAGUGGAUCAAAGACAUUGAAGCCCACACUCCAGGUGCAAAGGUGAAUUAUCCAAUAAUUUCUGAUCCGAAAAGAGAAAUCAUCAAGCAACUCAACAUGGUUGACCCUGAUGAGAAAGAUUCUAAAGGGAAUUUACCAUCAAGGACUCUUCAUAUUGUUGGGCCAGAUAAGAAGAUUAAGUUGAGUUUUCAGUACCCUGGAUCAACGGGGAGGAACAUGGAAGAAGUGCUGAGGGUGGUGGAUUCAUUGCAGAAGGCAUCAAAGUUCAAGAUUGCAACUCCUGCUAACUGGAAGGUAGGGGACCCUGUCGUGAUUUCGCCUGAUGUGACUAAUGAACAGGCUAAGGAUAUGUUUCCUCAAGGCUUUGAGACUGCUGAUCUUCCAUCAAAAAAGGAAUAUCUUAGGUUCACCCAUGUUUGA